GGUUCUACUUUUGCAACAAUUAGAACGAAAUUGUAUUGAAAUGUUGUUGUAGCUGCCAUUUCAGUUGCAAAUAACAUCACUCGUUUUCUUCACCCCGCGAUCCAAAUCUCUGUUGCGGAGGAGAAGAUGGCAACGGAGAGAUACGCUUCUCCGCCAGCCACCACAUCGCCGGAGGACAACGCUCUUUUUCUUGACAUACUGCAUGAGGCUCCUCUGUUUGCUCACCGUAAAGCAGCGAGGAUUGUUGGCAGCGUUUUCUAUUGCAUACUCUUGGCAAGUUAUGCUACUUUGGCAAUUGGAGCUACAUGGAUUUUUCGUCCCGUGCAAGGGUUGAUGUCUCCGGUGCUCUGUAGUUGCGAUGUUCUUCUUUUGCUAUUGACAGUCAAAUUUCAAUACAAGAUAGGUGGCCUGUUCAUAAUUCACACUUCAAGGUUCAAGCCCAAAGGAAUCUUUCAACAAUAUCUGGUUUAUCAAGUGCAGAAGAUACGUUUGCAGGGCUAUUAUAGUUUCAGCCAGAAGUUGAAAUUUAUUGUUCGCAUACCCUUUGCCGUUACAGCUUAUGGAACUGCUGCCAUGCUACUUGUUAUAGUCUGGAAAGCUUACACUGGUUUUCUGUCAAUCUCUGCAAUAUUGAGGAUUAUCAUGAUAGUUGAAGCAGUGUGUGCCGGAUGCUUUAUGAGUCUUUACAUUGGUUACAUACACCAGUACAAUUCAUUGAACUCCCAUCCUGAUGUUCUGAAGUCCUUAUACUCACCACUACAACCAUCAAGUUCUUUGGAGGGUCUAAGGUACUAUGAUGGUAGGCUCUCUGAUCAGCAAAUGGCUUUGUUGCAAUACCAGCGUGAAAAUCUUCAUUUUUUGAGUGAGGAGAUUCUUCGAUUGCAAGAGUGUUUAAGCAAAUAUGAACGAACUGAUGACCGGAGCACACCACAGGUUGACCUUGCUCAUUUACUAGCAGUUCGUGAUCAAGAAUUACGGACACUUUCUGCAGAGAUGAACCAAGUGCAAUCUGAGCUAAGGCUUGCCCGGUCCUUGAUUGCUGAAAGGGAUUCGGAGAUCCAACAUGUUCGCUCGACGAACAAUCAGUAUGUAGAAGAGAAUGAAAGACUCAGAGCUAUUUUAGGAGAAUGGAGCACCCGAGCUGCCAAGCUUGAGCGAGCACUGGAGACUGAGCGGAUGUCAAAUAUUGAACUACAAAGAAAGAUUUCAACGCUAAGACAUCAAUCGCACAUGUCAAGAGAAGCAACUGAACAUGGAGCUUAAUUCAAUUGGUAGGCAAAUGCAUGUUAUAUUCUCAAUUCAUGGCAACCACUUCACCUCGUUUUCACCGAACAUUCUGUCCAUAGCAGUAUCACCAUCACUGUUGUGGGAGAUGCGAUGUACAUAUAUUAGUUCGAAAUAGUGUUUAUUUUAUAGUUUGAUUCUACUUAUCGUGUGCUUUUUCAUCUUCCAUAGGUGUAUGUUUCGUUAAAAGUUUUGCAUUUGACUAAUCUUGUGAUUUAGUUUGAAUUCAUUAAUCAUUUUAGUUAGAGA